CGCAUGGAUUAGUGUUUACAACUCAUAUCGUCCUAGGUGAACCCGGCAUCACCCUGCCGUCCAAAAUAGACCCAUGCAAUUUGAAUAUUUUUGACUGAUCCUGCAUAGGAAAUCUUAUAAUACAGGCCCUUUUUGACUUUCUUUGAUGAGGACUAAGGGGUUGUUAUUGCGGGCUAGCUGCUGAUAUCUGUCGCAGCGUCGGGCCACCCACCAUCUGUGGAAGUGGGACAAGGGAACAGAUGGCACAUUCAAGGCUACUGACGCUGACCAUUAUUUAUAGGAAAGCAUUGGAUAUGAGUAUCACUCGAUAAAAUAAAGGGCUGUCGUUAACAUACAGUGGCCUGUGUUUUGCAAUGCCACAGUGAUUUGGAUCAGAGUGUUUGCAUUGGCUACAUUGAUGCGCGACGGCUUGACCACUGGAACUUAAUCCCCCUUUUGACGUGUCUGCGCCUCGGUGAACAAUGGUUGACAACCGCUACGCAACGGCUCUGGUCAUCGCCUGUGUGCUGAGCAUACUGGCCACCGUGUAUCUGUCAGUGGCCAUCGGGACAAAGCACUGGUACCAGUACAGCAGCCCCACGGUGCGCGGAGAGGCUAACGUGUCCGAUCUACGCUCCCUGUAUGAGGAGUUCAUGGAUGGGGAGUUUGACGAGAAAACCUACAGCGACACCCUGUUCCGCCUCAACGGGACUGUGGGCCUCUGGUGGCGGUGUGUGAUCGUCUCUGCUCACUGGAACAAGGAGCAAGAUGCCAAGAUGAUGCUGGAGUGUCGAAGCUUCAGCCUACCUCAGCAGUUCACUCCCAAGUAUAAAGAACCAGGCAACCACAACAGUGGAGAGGACAUGCUGCGCACCUAUUUGUGGAGAUGCCAGUUUCUGCUGCCACUGGUGUCCUUGGGUCUGGUGGUGUUGGCGGGCCUGACUGGGUUCUGUGCCUGCCUCUGCCGAAGCCUCAGCCCCAUCCUUGGCAUAGGAGUACUUCACCUGCUGGCUGGGCUCUGCACUUUAGCCACGGUGUGCUGCUACCUGGCGGGGAUGGACCUGCUUCACAAGGUUUCGAUGCUGCCUGAUAAGGUGGAUGGCUCCUUGGGCUGGUCCCUCUACUUGGCCCUCAUUUCCUCACCGCUCCACAUGAUGGCCGCUGCGUUGCUGUUGUGGGCGGCACGUAGCCACAGUCAGAAUUACUACCGCAUGACCGCCUACCGGGUGGCAUAGACUGACAUUCAUCUCAGUCCCUCUGCAAAGUUGAAAUUCAUACCCCUCUCUGUCACCAAGAUGCAUUUUAUAUCGAUCUCACGGGAAAAGGAUGUGGGUUAAUCUGUACAUGUUCUGUGGGAUUAGAGUGCAUGUCAUUUAUAGAAAUUCCCCUAUCUGCUGCAUUAAAAGAUUUGAUCACUCUAUGGGAAUUAGUUUGAAAAAGGUCAACCAGAAAGAGUUACAUAUAUUUGCUUCAAUUGGAAAAGGGAAAAACAGUUUUGGAUAUUAAUUCCACCAAUAAAUUGUUGAUAUUGAGUACGCAGCUACAUCACUUAAAAAUAAGAUGAACACGACAGGAAACAAAUCCUCAAAUUAGCCAGAUUUAUGUUAAUAAUCAAGCGAUAAAAGUAUGACUGAAACAGAUUCAACUCUCCCUUUGUAAUUAUUUGACCGACGCAUGCACAUUUCAUAUUUGCUAAUGUUCACAGCUAGUUUCUUGCCCUGUCAGGUUAGAUUAAAGGGGUGUUGCUGUGUCCCAUUGUUCCAAAUACAUCACAUAUUUAUUAAAUUAUUAAGCGUAUAUUAGACCAGAUCCUACUGGAAUCGCAACAUCAGCUAUUUAAAAUGAGUUUUGGAGAUUUAAUCCAACAAAAACAAGCAUUUUAAAACACAACUCUUUAGCAGGAUGGUCUCAGAUGUAUUUGAUACUAUAAAGAAUAUGACAUACAAUAGUACAUCAUGUAUAGUAUAUUAGGUUUGUGUUGGGGAUUUGGGACACAAUGUUCUGGAUGUGACUUUCAAGUCUUUACAUCUCUGGUCACACCCAGAGUCAGGAGGGUAUGGUUGGAAUUUCCCUUUUGUUGUACAGCAGGUGUACUGCUCCCACCCUGAGCUGGUUCCUCUAGCACUGCAGCAAGACACUCAUCCAUAAGAUAUGUUAUUAUGACUAUUCUGCGGUUGUGCAAUCAGUUUCUUACUUUUCCUGCUUCAAAACAUAGUUGGCAUCUAUGAAGAGUACAGUAAGAGAGGCUAUUAUGUAUAUAUGGUUCGAAAUAUACGAAAAUAAAUAAAUCCCUUCUUUUUAAGUGACAUUUAUUUAUUAAUGGCAAUUCAGACUGUGUUUGUGUUUAUAAUUUGUUACCUCAAUGAAUUGUUUUCUUUGCUGUGUUUUUUUAAAUCAUUUUUUGACUGAUUUUGUAGUUUUUUGUAGAAAAAAUCUAAAAGGUGUAUGGUUUUGAACAUAGUAGUGGUUUCCAACUAUUAAGUGUUUGUUUUGUUGCUUUUACAUGCUCAUAUAUAUUGAUUUCCCUUGUGAAUUCAGCUGUAUUUGUUAUUAUUUAUUUCAAUUAUAUUUGUUCCUUCUAUUUCUAAUGUGUUACUACCAUUUCAAUUCAACAGGAUUUAAGGGAACCAGUUAGUUCCCUGUUAGGCAUUAUGAAUGUACUUAAAGGCCAUAUUGUGAUCAUCUAAAGUAUUCCUUUGCACUUAAAUUAUUCUUGAACAUAUCCUGAAAGUUGCUGUAGUCGUAAGUAGUGAAUUUCUAUUUUUUGAAGCGUCCUACAAAUAAAACAAGUUUAGAAAAAGAUAUUACCUGGAAAACUAUGCUAAAUGUUUGCAGAUAUAUAAGUUACCACAAGCUUCACGCUUUCAGAAAAGUCUGUGGAAUGAUGCACUGUGUGUGGUAUGGUGGAUAUUGUGAUAAACCAGAUUGUAUUUUGCAUUUUCAGCCUUUUAAUUGAAGAUAUUGAAUACUGAAUCCACUGUAGCAUUAAUAUAUCAGCAAUUGUCCAUGUAUGACUGUGCUUUUGUGAAAAGUGAAUGUGUUGUCCUCUCACCAGUUUUUGAGCUCAAACGGUUAAUAACUGUUCACUUAAAUAUCAUGUGUGAGUGUAAACGAGUGUUCACAUGCGUGUUCCAAGCAACGUUUCAAUAAAAGAUUUUGUAAAAGAUU